AUGAUGGUGCCUGAGCGGUUCAUCUUUGGCUUCAUAAGCUUUCAUCUGAUGAUGGGUUGCAGCGGUGGUAACGAGGUGUGCAAGGCCUCCGGUAUUGGUCGUAAAUGGGCGUGUCCUCCUCCUUGGAUCCAGUGGGGCGGCAAAUGCUACAAAGCCAUCACUGAGAGCCUGACAUGGUUUCAAGCAAAAGAUGAGUGCAUCAAGAUGGGAGGUGUCUUGGUCGCGCCACAGACCCAGGAGGAGACUGAUUUCCUUGUGCGCCUACAACCACCCCGGUUUUGGAUCAAUUGCAAUGACAUCAGAGAAGAAGGUAUUUGGGAGUGUCAGGAUGGUCCUCGUGAGGUGGAGUUCAGAAAUUGGGCAACAGAAAAUCACCAACCUGAUAACGGUAAAGGUAUAGAGGACUGUGGUGAGGUGGUUCCAUACCCCGCAGGGAAAUGGAAUGAUGCUGAAUGCAAAAAGCAACGCCCUGCAGUAUGCAAACUCGUAACCAGCUGCACUCGGUGA